AUUCAGCAUACGGCCACACUGACUGAGAAAAGUGCUGAUAGAAAAGAGAAAACUUCAAGUCGGCUGUUUAAAAAUGUGGAAAAUCGUGUUAAUUGCAUUUUUGGCGAUAAAUCAUUGCAAUGCCGUGUUGGAGGCCGAUGCAAACACGCUGGUAUUGCUCGACAAUCUAGCUAUACGUGAAACACACUCGAUUUUCUUUAAAUCACUGCAAGAUCGCGGCUUUAAAUUGACUUACAAACUUGCUGAUGAUUCGGGCUUGUUGCUGUCACGUUAUGGUGAAUAUUUGUACAAGAACGUCAUCAUCUUUGCACCUAGCGUAGAGGAAUUUGGCGGUGAUAUCAGUGUGGAGCGCUUAGCUCAAUUUGUCGAUGAUGGCGGUAACGUGUUGGUCGCUGGCAGCGAAAAAUCCGGCGAUGCACUACGUGAAUUCGCUUCCGAGUGCGGCUUCGAGUUGGACGAAGAGAAUGCCGCUGUUAUUGAUCAUUUGCACUAUGAUGUCAGUGAUGCCGGUGAUCACACAACCAUCUUGACUUCGGCCCAGAAUCUUAUCGAUGCUGCCAGCGUUGUGGGUCAGAACAAUCGCAAAUCGGAUGCAGCACCACUGUUGUAUCGCGGCACUGGGCUCAUUGCCGACAAGGAGAAUCCGCUGGUGCUCAAACUUCUGACAGCCGAGAGCAGCGCUUACAGCUAUAAACCCGACUCCAGUAUCUCCGAUUAUCCACAUGCUGUCGGUCGCAACACGCUCUUGAUUGCUGCACUCCAAGCACGUAACAAUGCUCGGGUUGUGUUCAGCGGCUCACUGCAAUUCUUUGCGGAUGAUGCCUUCACCCAGGCCGUGCAAUAUGCGCAGAGUGGUGUCUUCCACAAGCAAGCGGGCAAUCAGGCGGUAGCCGAAGCCAUCAGUCAGUGGGUGUUUGGUGAGAGCGGCCGUUUGCGUGUGGCAUCCGUGCAGCACAACAAGGAGGGCGAAAAGAAUCCACCAGAGCAAGCUUAUACCAUCACCGAUCCCGUUGUCUAUACGAUUGCCAUCGAGGAACUGGUGUCGGGCAAAUGGCAACCAUUCCGUGCCAAUGACAUACAGCUGGAGUUUGUGCGCAUCGAUCCAUUUGUACGCACCUUCCUCAAGCAGACGAAGGGCGGCAGCUACGAGGGCAAAUUCAAGAUACCCGAUGUCUAUGGCGUCUAUCAAUUUAAGGUCGAUUACGAUCGCGUCGGCUAUACGCAUUUGUAUAGCACCACUCAGGUGUCAGUGCGCCCGUUGGAGCACACACAAUACGAACGCUUCAUACCGAGUGCGUUCCCCUAUUACACAAGCGCCUUCUCCAUGAUGAUUGGACUCUUUGUCUUCUCGUUUGUGUUCCUGCACUUUAAGGAUGAGGCUGGUGUCAGUGCUGGUGGAAAGUCCAAGGACGAGAAGAAGACUCAGUAGAACAACAGAAAUUCAAGCAUAUUGCAAUAAAUGUUCAGUUUGCAUGCAAUUUAUGUAAUCAAUCAUCACAAACAAUAA